AUGGAUUUGGCAGUCUAUACAGCUAUUAUUGCGGCCUUGUGUUUCGUACCACCAAUUGCAACAUUUAUCAUUGGUGAGAUGGUUUGGUGUUGCUGUCGAAAAGGCGAAGGCUUGACGCUUAUCAUGAUGAAAAGCGUCAUCAGUAAAAAGAAUAUCGACAAAAAGGCGGUAUACCUGGUCUGCGACAGGAAACUUCCAUCGUCAGGUCGAAAAUAUUUUAUGAUUUAUUCACUGAUCAUUCUCACAAUAUGUGUGCAGUGUUUUUUUCUUCUCGCUUUUUUUGAAGUGAGCUUUGAAUGUAAGCACGAUCCUGACUUGGAUUGUUUCAAAGAGAUAGACGAAGUGGCAUUUGCUGAUGUGAAAUUAUCUUCUUUCGAUCAGUCGCCAGUCAAUUGUUCAACCCUCUCGAAAGAUGAUCACGUCUUUUGCUACCGUACGACUGCUUUCGAUCCCGAAAAGGCAUUUUUUAGUGCGGCGGCUGCAUAUUUAUUGUUCGAAAUGCUCAACAUUGGUCUUGUAGUCAUUGCACAUAUCAUGCUUUUCCUGGCAGAGAAAUUAAAGAGCAUGCUAAUGAUCAAGAUUGUGCUUACCUUAAUUUUCGUGGGAUUCUUUGUUGGAAUAUUCGUUUUGAGAACCCAGGUGGAUGACUUCGAAUCAGCAACUCGAAAGUUGUCGUACACGGUGUUAGUACAAGGCAUGCUUGUUAUGCUCUUCGUUUUCUUCUAUGUAGUAAUGCUUCCUUGGGGAAAGAUCGGCAGUGAAGAAUAUUAUGGAGACGCAUCUUUACCAACCAUCGUUGGUGCACAUGACAACGAAAUGACUGAUCCAAAAUAA